CUCCCUCACCCCGUCAUCGUGCAUGCGUGCACACGUCGUCGUCGCGUAUCGGGAUCUUCUUCUUUUCUCUCUCUUUCUUCCUUGCUUGCCUCGGAGAGGGUCCUCGUUGACGGUCCACCAGGAGGCCGCGGGCGCACAAAUCCUCUUCUUCUGGAACUGUCACCCGGAUUCACCUCGGCGAUCGACGCCGUGACAGUCCAGGUGGUGGAGGGGGUCGAUUCUUCUUUGUGAGCCACGAACUGUCGAAGAGACGUAGAGAGAAGGUGGAAUUGUUGGAGGACGGAUUCUGAUUGGCGGGAAACUGGAUUUUUCGGCCUAGGGAAUUUUUUGACGUUUCUCAUUGGCUCCGGUAUUUCGAUGGGGGACGAUCGAUAACGUUCGGAGUUUUUAUGGAGGUUUCCCGUCUAGAUUCUUUCGCGUUUUCAUUGACGCCGAGCUUUCAAGAUCAAUUCGCGGUUGAUCUAUAUAUUGACAUGUGUGUAUAUUCGAGGCUGUCAUCGAAGCAGACGGAAAUCUAACAAAGGAUGAAGCGGACCUGGGGACGUAUAAUGAUGAAUAUGUUGUGAAAAUUGAUGAAUGUAAUUAAUUGUUGUGUAGAGACGCGAAGUGGGAAAUAAUUACGGAUGCACAUAAAUUAUAGCAGAAUGAAAAGCGACGUACGUGGGAUAAAAUUAAUAUGUCAAACGUUAUCGAGAUACUGAAGAAGAGAGACUGAGAGGGACAUUUUGUUUAUGAAAUAAUUUUACACGCAAUAUGAAUUCCCUGGAUCUUCGAAACUGGCCAAUCUUCAGCUUACUGGAGCCAGAAUUCGUCUCUCGAAUUCACAUGGUGGUAGUUUAUGGUAACUUGGGAAAUGAAGCUUUAAUUGUGACAAAAGAUAAGAUGGUGUACGGCUUAGGCAACAACAUUGCUGGUUGUUUGGGAACCAGCGAUGCUCACAGCACUUUGCAUCCAAAGAAGAUAGAAGUCUUGUGCGACAAAGAUAUAAAGAUGUUUGCCUAUGGCAGUGGACCUCACGUUUUGGCUCUCACAGAGAAGGGAGAGGUAUAUUCCUGGGGUCACAAUGGCUACUGCGAAUUAGGAAACGGAACGUGCAAUCAAGGCCUCACACCCACUCUAGUAAACAUGCCUACUCUAGGAGCAGGUUUGAAUAUGAAGCGCAUUGUGGAUAUUGCGUGUGGGAGCCAUCAUUCCAUCGUUCUCACCGAAGACGGGGAGGUGUAUGCCUGGGGGCAAAAUAAUUGCGGACAAGUGGGUAGCAGUAUCAGUACGAAUCAGGGCGCCCCGCGACAAGUGAACUCCAACCUGGCCGGGAAGAAGGUCGUCCACAUCUCCUGCGGUCAAACCUCCAGUAUGGUGGUAACAGACAACGGUGAGGUGUACGGUUGGGGCUAAGGUGUUGGCCAGCUGGGAAUAGGCAAUUACGUGAAUCAGAUGACUCCUAGUCGAGUCGGCUCGCUGAUAGGCAUCGUAAUAGUCAAAGUGGUCUGCGGAUACGCGCACACGUUGGCGCUGACGGACGAGGGGAAGCUCUACGUCUGGGGUGGGAAUAGUUACGGUCAAUUAGGAAUUGGUAACAAGACAAACGCCUGCAAUCCAGUCUUGGUCAGCCACGAGAUGGGAAGGGUGUCCGAUAUCGCCGCCCUGCACUACAAUCACAUAAGCGUCGCCGUCGGCCUAGGCGGACGGGUCUACAUGUGGGGUCACUGUCGAGGACAGAGCAUCACGACCCCGACCGCCACCCCAUUCUCGAACAUACACGAUGCACUCGCGUGUUACGGAUCGCCCAGUGUCAUGCAUAAACCACUGAUUUUGCACGCGAACGAGGAUUCGAGCAUAUUGGAAUGUCUGGGAUCCGCGUUCGACGAUUCCUCGACGAGCGAUCUGACAAUACAGGUGAACGGACACUCGAUUCACGUCCACAAGGCUAUCCUGAAGAUCCGUUCUCCAUACUUCAGGACCAUGUUCCAGCAUAACUGGGCGGAAAACAAUCAGAGUAUCAUCGAGCACGAUCAAUUUUCCUACGUCGUGUAUAAAGCCUUUCUGAAGUACCUGUACACCGACAUGAUCGAUUUGCCUGCGGAGAAGGCGUUAGAGCUCCUGGAUUUGGCUAACGCGUACUGCGAAAAUAAUCUCAAGAGACAUUGCAUUCAGAUGAUAAAGCAAGGAAUCACCAUAUCAAAUGCGGCCUAUUUGUACAGCGUCGCGAUCGAGUACAAUGCCAAGGAACUCGAGGAGUUUUGCUUCAAGUUCGCCUUGAACCACAUGACAGCCGUGACGCAGACGGAGAAUUUCGCGAAGCUGGACGAGAACACGGUAAAAACCUUUAUCAUUAAAGCGGCCAAGGCCGGCGCUUUUAGGACGUAAUCCGUCUGUAUUUGCCCUAAGGAUACGUUUUCGACGGAAAUGGACGGAAAUCGCCAAAUCUGUCUGUUGCUGCACGAGUAUUCGCGACGAGAUUCCUAAUAGUCGCGUAUAGGCUGACGUAGGAAGGGGUCGCGUUGCUUCGGCGACUCGCUUCCUCCCUCGCAUUUAGCUCUCUCGUUAGCAUUUUGCUCGUAAGUAAGAAGCCAUUUUUUUCACCGUGCAAUCUAAUCGGCGUGUCAUCGACAAUAAGUCGCGAAAAACAAGAUGCCAUUAAUCUCAGGCGUGAUUUCCUCGUGAGAUCUUGGAUAAAGGUGAUUUUUUUAACAAGGUAUACUCGAGAUUCUUAUCUCUCUGCUUGGAACGAAGAGAGAAACGGGACAAUUGUUGUUAUUCGCCGAUGCAAUUGAGAACGAUCUUAUAAAUCAUUGUAUUUAAUAUAAUGUGUCAAAUCUGUCGAGCAAAAUUGCGACAAGUCAAUUUCGUUUAUCAUUCCUGCGAUAAUAUAUAAUAUACAUAGCAUAGUCGUCCGACUUUUGCAACGAUUUUACAAUUAUAGAUUCUACGUCGAUUUUCAUGUUUUAUUUUUUACCAGAUGCAAUUUUUGUAAACUCCAAUUAACUGUGUCUGAACGAAUAGAAAUAAAAUUUUUCAACACCGUCGAAGGAA